ACGUUCCCGCGGUCUGCUGGGAUCCGCUGGGUCCAGAGUGAAGGAGUUGGGGCUGGAGUGGCUGGAGCGACUGGGCAGUCCGCGGUGCCGCCGUUCGCUAUCUCGGUGCGGAAUCGGACCCGGACCCGGACCAGCAGAGCCCUCCCCCCUCCCCUCUGCUUCCUUUCCCUCCCCCUUGGAGGAGCAGCGGCGGCGGUGGCUACUGGAAGCGAAGCCAAGCUGAGCGACCGGGAGGCGAGCGGAGGAGAUGGGGUAUGGGGAGUCAGCAGGGCGGCGGGGCGAGGAGCCCUCCGGAGGGCCUACGAGGGGAGCGGCCCCCGGCGUUUGCUAGCGCGUGAGCCGCGGGGAGCGGGCGCCGGGCUGCGCGAGCGGAGGCAGGGCCGGGCGGGCGUGGAGCACGGCUGGGGAAGCUGCUGCCUCCGGCCCUGCCCGGCUGCCUCCGCCGCAGCCGGUGGCUAUGGAGCUGGCGGGCAGCAGAUCUGGGGCGACAGAGCCUGUGCGACUCCGGCCGCCCAUGUCCUGGCUGCUGCUGCUGCCGCCGCUGUCUCUCCUGCUGCUGCUGCCGGGCCCAGCGGCCUCCCAGCUGCGGUAUUCGGUGCCGGAGGAGCAGGCACCUGGCGCGCUGGUGGGCAACGUGGCUCGCGCGCUGGGGCUGGAGCUGCGGCGCUUGGGGCCAGGCUGCCUGCGCAUCAACCAUAUGGGUUCGCCCAGCCCGCGCUACCUGGAGCUGGACUUGACGAGCGGAGCGCUCUUCGUCAACGAGCGCAUCGACCGGGAGGCGCUGUGUGAGCAGCGGCCUCGCUGCCUGCUCAGCUUGGAGGUGCUGGCGCACAACCCCGUGGCGGUGAGCGCCGUGGAGGUGGAGGUACUGGACAUCAAUGACAACUCGCCGCGCUUCCCGCGGCCCGACUACCAGCUUCAGGUAAGCGAAUCGGUGGCGCCCGGAGCGCGCUUUCACAUAGAGAGCGCGCAGGACCCCGACGUGGGCGCCAACUCGGUGCAGACCUACGAGCUCAGCCCCAGCGAGCACUUCGAGCUGGACCUGAAACCCCUGCAGGAGAACAGCAAGGUGCUGGAGCUGGUGCUGCGUAAGGGCCUAGACCGAGAGCAGGCAGUCUGGCACCACCUGGUUCUCACAGCUGUGGACGGGGGCAGCCCAGCCCGCUCGGGCACGGCACAGAUCUCUGUGCGUGUCCUGGACACUAAUGACAAUUCUCCCUCCUUCGACCAGUCCACUUACCGCGUCCAGCUUCGCGAGGACGCGCCCCCAGGCACAUUGGUGGUGAAGCUGAAUGCCUCAGACCCAGACGAGGGCUCCAACGGAGAGCUCCGGUAUUCCUUGAGCAGCUACACGUCGGACAGGGAGAGGCAGCUCUUCAGCAUCGAUGCCAGGACAGGGGAAGUGCGGGUGAGUGGGGCGCUGGAUUAUGAGGAGGCCUCUUCCUAUCAGAUCUAUGUGCAGGCGACUGACCGGGGUCCAGUGCCCAUGGUGGGUCACUGCAAGGUGCUGGUGGACAUUGUGGACGUGAAUGAUAAUGCACCAGAAGUGGUGCUCACAGACCUGUACAGCCCGGUGCCUGAGGAUGCUGCACCCAACACCGUGGUGGCCCUUCUCAGUGUCAAUGACCAAGACUCAGGCCCCAACCGGAAAGUGAGCCUGGGCCUGGAGGCCACACUGCCUUUCCGACUGAAUGGCUUUGGAAACUCCUACACACUGGUGGUGAGUGGCCCGCUGGACAGGGAGCGGGUGGCUGCCUACAACAUCACAGUGACAGCCACUGAUGGGGGAGUACCACCGCUCACAUCCCAGAGGACACUGCAGGUUGCGAUCUCUGACAUCAAUGACAAUCCACCAAGCUUCCCGAAGGACUCCUACUCCGUCUACGUCCAGGAGAACAAUUUGCCAGGGGUGUUGCUCUGCACACUACAAGCCACAGACCCAGAUGAAAAGGAGAAUGCAGAGGUGACCUACUCCCUCCUGGAGAGGGAGAUUCAAGGGCUGCCAGUCACCUCCUAUGUCUCCAUUGACAGUGCCAGUGGCAGCCUUUAUGCUGUCAACUCCUUUGACUAUGAGAAGUUUCGGGAGUUCUUUGUGACCGUGGAGGCCCAAGACAAGGGGAGCCCACCACUGAGCAGCACUGUGACCGCCAACGUGUAUGUGGUGGACAUGAAUGACCAUGCCCCUUACAUCCUGUACCCUACCUCAACCAAUUCGUCAGCAGCCAUUGAGAUGGUGCCUCGGACUGCCCCUGCUGGCUACCUGGUCACCAAAGUCAUAGCCAUGGACUCAGACUCUGGGCAAAAUGCUUGGCUCUUUUACCAUCUGGCCCAGACUUCUGAUUUGGACCUUUUCAAAGUAGAACUACACACAGGAGAAAUUAGGACUACCAGGAAGAUGGGAGAUGAGAGUGGAACCACUUUCAACCUGACCGUGGUGGUCCGAGACAAUGGAGAGCCAUCACUAUCAGCCUCUGUGUCCAUUACAGUAGCUGUGGUGGAUAGAGUUUCCAAAACCCUCCCUGAUACUCAGAGACAUGUUAGGAGUCCUCGGACAUUCUCUGAAAUUACACUUUAUCUAAUAAUAGCAUUAAGCACAGUGUCUUUUAUAUUUCUUUUGACAAUCGUUGUUUUGAGCAUCAUCAAGUGCUACCGCUACACUGCAUAUGGCACCGCGUGCUGUGGAGGCUUUUGUGGAGUGAGGGAGCGGUGCUCUGCGGAACUGUACAAACAGGCCAAUAACAAUAUUGAUGCCAGGAUACCGCAUGGCCUCAAAGUGCAGCCUCACUUCAUUGAGGUGCGAGGGAAUGGCUCCCUCACUAAGACCUACUGCUACAAGGCCUGUCUGACAGCAGGCUCAGGGAGUGACACUUUCAUGUUUUACAACACAGGGGCGCAGACAGGACCUGGGCCUGGGGGAGCUCAAGCAGCAGCAAGUGACAACAGGCACCUCAUAGGCCAAAGUGGACAGAGUGCUGGGAACCUGAUUAUUCUAAAAAAUGAGGCUAUUUCUCAACAUGAGCCACGACAGCCCAAUCCUGACUGGCGUUACUCUGCCUCCCUGAGAGCAGGAAUGCACAGCUCCGUGCACCUGGAGGAGGCUGGCAUUCUACGGGCUGGACCAGGAGGAUCUGAUCAGCAAUGGCCAACAGUAUCCAGUGCAACUCCAGAACCUGAGGCAGGAGAGGUGUCCCCUCCAGUCGGUGCUGGUGUCAACAGCAACAGCUGGACCUUUAAAUACGGACCAGGCAACCCCAAACAAUCUGGUCCCGGUGAGUUGCCAGACAAAUUCAUUAUCCCAGGAUCUCCUGCAAUCAUCUCCAUCCGGCAGGAGCCCACUAACAGCCAAAUUGACAAAAGUGACUUCAUAACCUUCGGCAAAAAGGAGGAGACCAAGAAAAAGAAGAAAAAGAAGAAGGGUAACAAGACCCAGGAGAAAAAAGAGAAAGGGAACAGCACGACCGACAACAGUGACCAGUGAGGUCCUGUAAUGGAAAUAAGCCACUUAGCCAGUUUUUGUAAUAAUGGCAACUCUCUCCCGUGUAGCAACUCCCCCUCCUUUCUCCUAUCCACCCUCUCAGUAGACCUCAAAAACCUGCAGGAAGUUCCCUGAGUUUGUCUAGGUCUCAUUGGACAGCUUUUGUCUGAAAAGCUUCGCUAAGUCUGGUGUUAACUCUUUCUCUCCACUCUGGCUUGUUUUCAGAACCUAAAAAGCAGACCCAAGUUUCCUUUCUCCUCCGCCGCAAAGGAGAGGCUUCCCAGCCCCGCCAGUGAGAGGUUGGACUCUCUGCCCUGAGCUCCGGGGAUCCUGUCUUGAUGACACUUGCAGGGCAGGCUGAAAGGUUUUAAGAUCCAGCAGCUUGGGUAUCUGUGGCCACUAGGCAUGUGUGGCCACCAGGGGUAUGUGGGUGCCGCAUUGGCUGGGAUGGGCCAGAUUAAACUAGUUGGUGAAAGGAGGGCUGGGAAACAAAGGCAAAUCGACACUGGGAGUUACCAGUCGGGAGGGGAAAUGUGAAAUUUAAAAGGAACCAGACUUUCUAAAUCUUACAACUCAAGAGGUGGUGGCCACCCUCGAUCAGCCAAACUGUCCUCACGGACAAGGCUUUAGCAGUCCCUAAAGUCUGUUGGCUGUGAUGUCAUUAUACCGAAGACCUGAAUUGUAUCUACACGUCAACAGUUCAGUGUUUAGCAGGGGGCCAGCCAGGGCAACAGAAGCAGAUCUGAUGCGUUUCCUGUACAUGUCCUUGUGCUCACUUUAUGAAAAAUUCUUUUGCACACGGUGUUUAUGAAAAGGCCAGAUCCUUUUCCAAUAACACAUAUGCAAAAGCAAAAGAAAAAAAGAAAACCCCAACACCUCACUUUAUGCUGUUUGUUGUUUGAUAGAUUUAUUUAAAACAGAGAAAAUCUAUAACUAUAAAUCUUUAAAGAGAGCUAUGAUGAAGACAAUUCCCCUAAACUCGCCUCAAAACCGAAUUCAGUCUACAGCCAUUUAAAUGAUCAUUGCUGCUACAGAAGUGCUUUAAGAGAAUUGCCUGGAACAUCUGUAUUAUACCGGCCACCUGCCAAUCACAGCUUUACUCUUUCAGGUCACUCUGGGGCUGCCUCUUGCAUGUAUUAAUUACUAAAUAAAAGGAUCUUUCUCUCUCUCUUUUCUAAAAAACAAUUACGUGCACUUUGACUACACAACCUUCUCUAGCCAACUAUAUCAAGACCCAGAAAUUGAAGAAAAAUAUUGUUUUCUCAUACACACAGUGAGCAGACUUUGCAAUCCUCUAAUUCUGUGAUUUGUCUUGGUGCGCUAGCCUACACCUUCUCUUUGGUUUGUUUACCUUUUCCAGAACACUCUGAAUUGCUAAUCUUGCUAACACCUAUGAUGUUACCUGAGAUCAAUCUCCCAUAUGUAUGCUGUAUGCUAUGAUAAGACUCCUGAAAUAUACCUACUCUGUGCUUGUGUAUGUGAAUGUUAAUGCAACUAUUACCUAGAGUGAACUUUAAGCUUUAUUGUUGAAUGUAAUUCCAUCAUAUUUCCUUUUGUACACCUGUGAAAAAGUGGACUAAUGUUUUUUUAACCAUUGUUAAUCAGCUUUUGUGUAUGUAAGACACAGUAAAAUUUAUUUCUUAAAUCAA